UUUUUUUUUUUUUUUGAGGCAAGGUCUAGCUUUGUUGCCCAGGUUGGGGUGCAGUAGCGCGAUCGCAGUUCACUGCAAUCUCCGCCUCCCUGACUCGAGCGAUUCUCCCACCUCAGCCUCUUGAGUGCUGGGAUCCCAGGCACAGCCACCUAAUUAAUAGACUCAUUGCCUCCGAUUUUUAAAUGUCCCUUUCAAGACACCGUCCCCUUCCUGGUACGCGAAGCGCUGGGAACGAAAGGGACUUCCGGGAGAUCUAGGAAGUCGCUUCUCUUUCUGGCAGGAGGCUGGGUUCUCCCAGUACGCUGCGGAGUCUCUGCGGGGUGUAGACCGGAAUCCUGCUGACGGGUUGAGUGGAUCAGGGAGGGAGGGUCAGGACACGGUGGCUGCAGGUCUGAGACAAGGCUGCUCCGCGGUAGUAGCUCUCUUUGCCUGGAGGUGGCCAUUCAUUCCUGGAGUGCUGCUGAGGAGCGAGGGCACCUCUGGGGUCUUUGGAAGUCGGUGCCCAGGCCUGAAGGAUAGCCCCCUUGCGCUUCCCCUGGGCUGCGGCCGGCCUUCUCGGAGCGAAGGGCGUCCUUCCACUCCGCGGCGCAGGUCACCGCUGCCAUGGCUUUUCCCCAUCGGCCAGACGCCCCUGAGCUGCCUGAUUUCUCCAUGCUCAAGAGGCUGGCUCGAGACCAGCUCAUCUAUCUGCUGGAGCAGCUUCCUGGAAAAAAGGAUUUAUUCAUUGAGGCAGAUCUCAUGAGCCCUUUGGAUCGAAUUGCCAAUGUCUCCAUUCUGAAGCAACACGAAGUAGACAAGCUAUACAAGGUGGAGAACAAGCCAGCCCUCAGCUCCAGUGAACAAUUGUGCUUCUUGUCAGACCCCCGCAUCAAGAAUAUGCGAUACACUUGCCAGUGAGUGUGCCAUGGUCUUGUCAAUGCUGACAAAUUGGCUGGCAGAACUCGCAAAUACAAAGUGAUCUUCAGCCCUCAAAAGUUUUAUGCAUGUGAGAUGGUGCUUGAGGAAGAGGGAAUCUAUGGAGAUGUGAGCUGUGAUGAAUGGGCCUUCUCUUUGCUGCCUCUUGAUGUGGAUCUGCUGAGCAUGGAACUACCAGAAUUUUUCAGGGAUUACUUUCUGGAAGGAGAUCAGCGUUGGAUCAACACUGUGGCUCAGGCCUUACACCUUCUCAGCACUCUCUAUGGACCCUUUCCAAACUGCUAUGGAAUUGGCAGAUGCGCCAAGAUGGCAUAUGAAUUGUGGAGGAACCUGGAGGAGGAGGAGGAUGGCGAAACCAAGGGCCGAAGGCCAGAGAUUGGACAUAUCUUUCUCUUGGACAGAGAUGUGGACUUUGUGACAGCACUUUGCUCCCAAGUGGUUUACGAGGGCCUAGUAGAUGACACCUUCCGCAUCAAGUGUGGGAGUGUCGACUUUGGCCCAGAAGUCACAUCCUCUGACAGGAGCCUGAAGGUGCUACUCAAUGCCGAGGACAAGGUGUUUAAUGAGAUUCGGAAUGAGCACUUCUCCAAUGUCUUUGGCUUCUUGAGCCAGAAGGCCCGGAACUUGCAGGCCCAGUACGAUCGCCGGAGAGGCAUGGACAUUAAGCAGAUGAAGAAUUUCGUGUCCCAGGAGCUCAAGGGCCUGAAACAGGAGCACCGCCUGCUGAGUCUCCAUAUUGGGGCCUGUGAAUCCAUCAUGAAGAAGAAAACCAAGCAGGAUUUCCAGGAGCUAAUCAAGACUGAGCAUGCACUGCUAGAGGGGUUCAACAUCCGGGAGAGCACCAGCUACAUCGAGGAACACAUAGACCGGCAGGUGUCGCCUAUAGAAAGCCUGCGCCUCAUGUGCCUUUUGUCCAUCACGGAGAAUGGUUUGAUCCCCAAGGAUUACCGAUCUCUGAAAACACAGUAUCUGCAGAGCUAUGGCCCUGAACACCUGCUAACCUUCUCCAAUCUGAGACGAGCUGGGCUCCUAACAGAGCAGGCCCCUGGGGACACCCUCACAGCCGUGGAGAGUAAAGUGAGCAAGCUGGUGACCGACAAGGCUGCAGGAAAGAUUACUGAUGCUUUCAGUUCUCUGGCCAAGAGGAGCAAUUUUCGUGCCAUCAGCAAAAAGCUGAAUUUGAUCCCACGUGUGGACGGCGAGUAUGAUCUGAAAGUGCCGCGAGACAUGGCUUACGUCUUCAGUGGUGCUUAUGUGCCCUUGAGCUGCCGAAUCAUUGAGCAGGUGCUAGAGCGGCGAAGCUGGCAGGGCCUUGAUGAGGUGGUACGGCUGCUCAACUGCAGUGACUUUGCAUUUACAGACAUGACUAAGGAAGACAAGGCUUCCAGUGAGUCCCUGCGCCUCAUCUUAGUGGUGUUCUUGGGUGGUUGCACAUUCUCUGAGAUCUCAGCCCUCCGGUUCCUGGGCAGAGAGAAAGGCUACAGGUUCAUUUUCCUGACAACAGCAGUCACAAACAGUGCUCGUCUUAUGGAGGCUAUGAGUGAGGUGAAAGCCUGAUGUUUUUCCCGGCCAGUGUUGACAUCUUCCCUGAACACAUUCCUCAGUGGGAGGCAGGCAUCUGGCAUCCAGCUGUUAUAACCAAGUGUCUACCAACUACCUGCUACGAGCUGGGAGCAUGGAAUGGGUUGGGAUUUAGAGAACAUAUCUGAGAAGAGAGUUCACUUCCUGCUCCCAGGAUAUUUCUCUUUUCUGUUUAUGAAGUACAACCCAUGCUGCUAAGAUACAAGCAGGAAGAGGUAUCCUUUGCUAAAUCCUGUUUGAAUAUCAUUGUAAAUAAAGCCUCUGCUCUCAGAUGUAAUAUGUUUGUUGUUCUGUACACGCACUUCCAUCUUUAUUAGUGAAAGCCCAUUGGAGCUUUCUGCAGGGGCUUCCUAUGCUUCUUGGCCUGGACUUUAUAGUGGCCUGAUCUGGUUCUUCCCUGUAAAAGUCACUCGACCAUUCUGUACCUGAGUUUCCUCAACCAUAAAAUGAGGGGGAUGGAUGAGGUGACCAGCAAGCACGUUUCCAAUUCUAAAAUGUUGUGAUUCAUUACAUUUUUGAGAAAAUGA